GAUAUUGCGGAGUGUACAAUGUGCAGGUAACCUACGCCAGCUUACCCUUCAAACCUUAGGUAUAAACACAAAAACGCCUAAUUAAUUUCACCGUCCAGUUUUUGUCCACAUAAAAACCCAGCAUCACAUUGCAUUACUCCAUCUCUGUCGUUACUGCAACUUAAUGGAUUCAAAAGAAAUUAUUUAUGAUGUCCCGAUGUUUUUUAAGGUCUACAAAGAUGGCCGUGUCGAAAAGUAUCGAAAACAUGAUUUUGCCCCUCUUUCCGAUAAUCCAAUUACAGGUGUUCGAUCCAAAGAUAUCGUCAUUGUAACGGAGAACAAUGUAACGGUACGCCUUUACCUUCCUAAAAUCACCCAAAAUGAUGAUCAGAAAUUUCCACUCCUUGUGUACUUCCAUGGGGGUGGGUUUGUGAUCGAAUCGGCGUUUUCUACUUACUAUGAUAGUUAUCUUCACUCUCUAGCUGCAGAAACCAAUGUACUUGUCGUAUCUGUCGAGUACCGAUUAGCUCCUGAACACAAAAUUCCUGCCUGUUAUGAUGAUUCGUGGGCUGCCGUGAAAUGGGUCUCUCAGCAGGCCAAUCAACAGGGAACUGAAACAUGGCUGAAAAGUCAUGCUGACUUCUCCCGAGUUUUCUUGUCAGGUGAUAGCGCAGGAGCCAAUAUUGCUCAUAACAUGAUGAUGCGAGCAAGUGUGGAUGAAGAUAAACUUGGAGAUAGCUUAAGGCUUGUUGGAAUGGCAUUAGUUCAUCCCUAUUUUGGUAGCAAUAACCCAGAUAGAAUUUGGUCGUAUUGUUGCCCGGAAAAUCCCAAAACUGAUGACCCAAGAUUCAAUCCAGCAGCACAUCCAAGUUUGCUAUCGAAGCUUGUUUGUUCCAAGAUUCUGAUAUGCACUGGGGGAAAGGAUUUUAUAAGGGACAGAGGGUGGACAUACUAUCAGGCGCUGAAGAAAUGUGGAUGGAAAGGUGAGGUGGAAAUUAAAGAAACAGAAGGGGAAGAACAUGUUUUCCAUUUGGUUAAGCCAACUUGUGAGAAAGCUAAGGCCUUGAUGAAAUGGCUGGCCAAUUUCUUUCAACAAUCAACCUGAAUUCUUGCUGUGUAGAAUUUCUGUACUAUUUUAGUUGUUUCUCUUUUUUCUUUUUUUUGAUCGAAUAGGUAGCCAUAUGGACUUGAAUUUGAGAUUAUUGAUUUGGAUAAAGGUUGAUUUGAAGUUGAAA